GCUGCCUUUUCGCCCCCGGACGACGCCAUAAAGAGCGCUUUCUGUCCCUCUCGGGACGCUGGUGAGUGACUCCGCCGCUGGGCUUUAGGAGAUGUCUGGACGCGGCAAGCAGGGCGGCAAGGCUCGCGCCAAGGCGAAGACGCGUUCGUCCCGCGCCGGGCUGCAGUUCCCUGUGGGGCGCGUGCACCGCCUGCUGCGCAAGGGCAACUACGCCGAGCGCGUGGGCGCCGGCGCCCCGGUGUACCUGGCGGCCGUGCUCGAGUACCUGACGGCCGAGAUCCUGGAGCUGGCGGGCAACGCGGCGCGCGACAACAAGAAGACGCGCAUCAUCCCGCGCCACCUGCAGCUGGCCAUCCGCAACGACGAGGAGCUCAACAAGCUGCUGGGCAAGGUGACGAUCGCGCAGGGCGGCGUGCUGCCCAACAUCCAGGCCGUGCUGCUGCCCAAGAAGACCGAGAGCCACCACAAGGCCAAGGGCAAGUAGAAGUGGAACGAGGUGGUCUUGCCUCUCCCAACCAAAACAACGGCUCUUUUCAGAGCCACCCAAAUUGCUUGGAAGAACUGAGCACUUCGUGAAGAGCUUCAUGUCCACUUCUUAAUCACAUAGACAUUUAAUUUCCACCAGCCUUAGGUUAGCAUCUGAACCCAUUUCCACAUAACCUAGCACACGAAAGGGCUGUUUCAAGGUACCGUGCCGCGCAAUGGAGUUCCUUCCACCUUGUGCUUCGCUAAGUCAUUCUCGCUCCCACGUCAGUAAUGCUUCUAACAGUGAAUCCAUCUUGUCUUUUUGUUUCGUACCGGGGAUUGAACUCGGGUCCUUGUGCUUGCGCACCAGGCGGCGAAACCACUGAACUAAAUCCCUGGCCCCAUCUCAAGUCUUGAUGUGCCAGGUUUUUUUUCUUGGUCUUAGCAAAUGGAAGAUCUUUAGGAUGCAGCAUCCAACCCAGCUUUUUAAAGUAACCUAACCUAGAGGGGUUUUUUUGGAGCUUUUGAGGUUUCUGAGCCCUAAACCAGAAUCAGGAUAAUUAAAACUUUCAUUGUUAUAUAAGGAUCAAAAGAUUUUUUUAUUCAAAUUGUAAAUUUGAACAUUAAUUUGGUUGUGUUGCCAGAGAAUUCUCAUUGUUUACUUAAGUAUUUCCGAGCCUUUUAUCCCAUCCACAAUACUUUUUAAAUGCCUUUGACUUGGUAUUUUAAAUUUUAUUUAUGAACUGCUGGACUAGAUUCUUUACUAGCAUAAGAAUUACAUUUUUAGAAAGCAGGAUAGUGGAAGUAUUAUAUUACCUGAACAUGAAAGCUAAUUAGUACAAGGAGGCAUCUAUGAAAUUAGGAGGCUUUCAUUUCCUCACACAAAUAGGAUUUUAUUGGUGAAAAAAUUUUAAAGUUCUUAAAAUUAAGCGUUUGAAGGCAAAAGAGGAUGGUGUUAAAUGACUCUAAAUUGGUAGUCACUAAACUAAUGAUCACUGGGAAUUUGGUGGUCUGAAUUAAACAGUGCUGUUUAUAUACAGUACAUAGUUUCUAAAACCCAGUGCCAACAAAGUGAAAUAUUUAACUGUUUAUACUGAUUACAGUGAAGUAGCAAGAAUACUUUGGAUUAAGCACAAUAUUGAAAUCAAUUUGUCCUGGUUUUACCUUGUAGUUUGGGUUUUUUUUGGCACCGGGCAUCG